CGAAGAUCCAGUCCUGGCCUGUCGUAAAUCAGAAAUGGUCCAUCGCAUCAUAAGAGGGAUGAUGUUGAUGUACGGGGUAUAUCCCGACAACCACCUACGGGAAUGGGUGGUGGGCGAAAAAUGCGGUCUCGCAAACCGCCAGACUAAUCAGUCAAAAACCAACUACUGUCCGAAGGGCACCAACCGAGAACAACCCGCCGUUGUCCGGGAAACGUUGUCAAAAACUUACUUUGACUGGUGAAAAGUCACCAGAAAUCGGCGAGAGGAAAAUGUUUUCUUGCGAAUACUGCACGAUAUCCGGGAAUGUUUCGUGCUAUUUGGACGGGUCCUCGGAGCUGCUGGUGCCGGGCCGGGUCACCGCCAGCACCGUCGUUCCCCAGGGCGCCGUCACCGAAUUGCUGGAUCCCGAAUCGCUGGUGGGCCAACCUGACGUUCAGCAGAUAUCCGUAAAAAUAUCACCAAAUGGUUAUAUCGAACUGGAAGAUCGGUUUGCUUCGACUUGGUCACCGUCCACUCAUUGGAUCAGAGCCUUGAGGCUUUCCGACGAUUGUCAUUCGUACAAUGUACAGUUGAAAUUGCAGACGAAUUCGUCGCAACCUCCGAAAUUAGUAUUACAAGCGGUUAAAUCCAUAGAAAUUGGACAGGAAUUACAGUUGUGGUUUUCCGAAGACGUUUUAGUUAUGUUACAAAUGGUGUUUUUAACGCCGGCCAAUAUACAAGGUCAAAAAAAGUACGUUUGUAAUCGAUGCUCCACCAUGUACGAAUCGCCCAAUCCAUUGAAACUCCACAUAACUCUGGGUUGCGGUAAAUUAUCCAUUUCGACGUUGUGGCAAAGGCUACACGGCGCUGUCGUUAAUAACUUUAAAAACUCUACCAAAGAGGGCUUCCAUUUUCAAAUAUGUCUAGAUCAAAACAAACAACAAAACACCGCUAUAGAUUUAACAAAAAACUCAGAAAACCGAUUGUACAGGCCUUACGAAAAGGAACCGUCCGCAUUCAAACCGUUCAAAAAAGAGGAAACUAACAUUACACAAAACCAAAACAAAAACGUCAUGAUACCGCUGCCUUUGAAUCACUCGUGUGUGGAUCACGUCUCGAGUCCGGUGUGCAACGAUGACGCUCAAAUAGAAACGCUGGUGAGCAGCUUAGGGAGGUCCAGGCAAGGCUACAUUUGCCUCUAUUGCGGCAAAUGCUAUUCGAGAAAGUACGGGUUGAAAAUCCACAUCAGGACGCACACCGGCUACAAGCCGUUGAAGUGCAAGUUCUGCAAUAGGCCCUUCGGAGAUCCCAGUAAUUUGAACAAGCAUGUGAGAUUACACGCUGAAGGGAAUACGCCUUACAGGUGUGACCUCUGCGGGAAGAUUAUGGUAAGGCGAAGAGAUUUGGAGAGGCAUUUAAAAUCGAGACACAUGCUGGAGACGCAUCCUAAUAUGAGUUUGCUAAUAAAUUCGCCGGAUGAUAAGAAGAGCACUAGUGAUGAGGAAUCAAAGUCCAGUACAAAUUGAUAGCUGAUUUGUGAAAUAUGAAAUUAGGGAAAUUAAUAUUUUAUAUACAGUAUAGAAAUAAUUAAUUCUAUUAAUAAACAAAUUGUUCACUUUUUUAAUUAUUGUAUUAUUUUUGAUUAUUUUUAAGCUAUUUUUAAGAAAUCUUCACAUUAUGUUAAUUGUUACUGACCUAAAAAAAUGGACGAAGAAAUUAUUUUUUCCGAAAAAUAAAAAAAUCAAUGAAAUUAUUCCACUUUUGCAUUGAGUUAGUGAGGUAACGAUUCUUGUUUUAAAAAUUGGUUUCUGGCGAUUUGAAUUUUAAGAAUUCAAGGCCACCAAUACGCCUAUUUAAUCAUCGAACACCAAUGGGUUUUUAAAUUUGAAUAGUUAUAAUUCAAGAAGAUUUUCGAGACAUGUUUGGACUAAUUUACAUAAAUAUUUAUUGUCC